AUGUCAAAUGUCGAGACUAAUAACAAUAUGAAACAGGAGAAGGUACAGGACGUUGAAAAGGGUAAAAGUAAAGAAAGUAAAUCAACUGCAACUUGGUUAAAGAUCCUAAUAAUGAUAUUCGCCCUGGCCGUGUGGGGUGCGGCGACGGCUGUGAUUUGGAUUUUAGUGAGCUGGCAGGCAGCUGUGGGAGUUUGUGCCGGUAUAUUUGUUGUAUACAUUAUAGCCUACUUCUAUCAUUGGCUCUGGGUUGCUGUCAGAACUGCGCCGAGAGAUUUCAAGGCACUGUACUGCUAUAUCAAGAUCUUAAGACUGUCAAGUAACUUAACAAAGAAAAAUUGGUCUAUGCCAGAUAUCUUCCACGACAUAGUCAAGAAGCAUCCGAAGAAAGCCUGCUUUCUUUUUGAAGAUGAAGUAUGGACAUUCCAACAGGUGGAAGAAUUCAGUCUUCGGGUGUCAGCUGUUUUAAGGGCGCAAGGUGUCCGUAAGGGAGACACGGUAGCUCUAAUGGCCAGUAAUUACCCCGAGAUGCCCGCUACCUGGCUCGGUAUUACACGCAUUGGAGCAGUUGCUCCACUUAUUAACACAAAUCAAACAGGGAACACUUUACUUCACUCCAUUAACAUAGCCAAAUGCGACUAUGUUAUUUAUGGAAGCGAAUUCGAGUCAGCCAUACAAGAUGUAAGAAAAGAUAUACCAAAUAAUAUUAAGUUAUUGAAAUUUACUCGUCGGCCCUUAAAUGCUAGUGAUGGUAUGAAGACUGCUGAAGCACCAGAAGACUUCACUCACAUGUUGGAGACCACCCCACCAGCACCUUGGUCACUCUCCGAAGGCGAAGGUUUCCUCGGAAAAUUAUUGUAUAUAUAUACUUCUGGCACAACUGGAUUACCUAAAGCAGCAGUCAUUUCUCCUUCCAGGAUGGUGUUCAUGGCGUCGGGAGUUCACUUUUUGGGAGGUUUAAAUAGAAAAGACGUUAUAUACUGCCCCAUGCCUCUGUACCAUUCAGCUGGGGGAGUUAUAACUAUGGGUCAGGCGAUGAUCUUUGGAUGUACCGUUGCAUUAAAAUUAAAGUUCUCCGCCUCAGCGUAUUUCCCUGAUUGUAUUAAAUAUAAGGCCACUGCGGCGCACUACAUUGGUGAGAUGUGUCGGUAUGUGUUGGCGACUCCACCAUCACCCAACGACAGGAAGCAUACUGUACGAUGUGUUUACGGCAAUGGAAUGAGGCCUACGAUCUGGAUGGAUUUCGUUAACCGUUUCGGUAUAAAGAGAGUAGCAGAAUUUUAUGGUGCUACAGAAGGAAAUGCAAAUAUCGUCAAUAUUGACAGCAAGCCAGGCGCUAUUGGAUUCAUUUCACGUAUCAUCCCAGCUGUUUACCCAAUAGCUAUUAUUAAAGUCGAUGAAGACACAGGGGAACCAAUAAGAGACUCACGAGGAUUGUGUCAGACAGCCAAACCUUACGAGCCAGGUGUAUUCAUUGGCAAAAUAAAACCGAACAAUCCGUCACGUGCUUUCCUUGGAUAUGUUGAUAAAGAAGCUUCUGAAAAGAAAAUUGUCAGAGAUGUUCUUGAACAUGGCGAUUCGGCGUUUAUUUCCGGUGAUAUUCUCGUGGCGGACGAACUUGGCUACUUAUACUUCCGUGACCGUACCGGAGACACGUUCAGGUGGCGCGGAGAGAACGUUAGCACCACGGAGGUUGAGGCUGCCAUCUCUAGAGUCGCUGAUCAAAGGGAUGCCGUUGUUUAUGGAGUGGAGAUACCAAAUACUGACGGUCGAGCGGGAAUGUGUGGAAUCGUGGAUGCAGAUGGAACAUUGGAUUUAGAAAAACUCGCUAAAGAUAUUGCAAAAGACCUACCAAAAUAUGCCAGACCCAUUUUUAUAAGAAUUAUGCAUUCGAUGGAUAUGACGGCUACUUUCAAACUGAGAAAAGUUGACUUACAAAAAGAAGGAUAUAAUCCGAACACUGUCAAAGACAAACUGUAUUACUUGGAUCCGAAACACAACAAAUACAUAAGUCUCGGCCCUGAAGAAUAUGAAAAAAUAAUAUCCGGACAAAUAAGACUGUGA